GCAUUCCAUGCACAACAGACACAGAGACACCCUGGCAGUGUGGCUUUAGUGUCGACGAGUGUGAAGAUCAGCGAAGAUCAAACUAGCGAGUGCAGGUUGACCCCUGAGCGUCGCCUACUUUUUCCCGUCAAGGAUACAGCUGGCUGGCUCAGGGCACCAUUGCAGUACUCCCGUUGCACUCCUCAACAACCUUGCCAGGACCUCCAAUGUCACAAUUCUGUACAAUGCCAGCUGGAGAGAAGAAGAAGCACGCAGCAGCUAUUUGUCGAGAAGUCCACAGUACCAAUGGUGACGUGAUGGAUCUGGGAAAGAAGCAUAGCACCCCCAAAGAUAUCAUGUUGGAAGAACUGUCGCUGCUCUCAAACAGAGGUUCACGCCUGUUCAAGAUGCGUCAGAGACGCUCGGAAAAGUACACGUUCGAAAGCAUACAAAAUGAGGCCAAUGCGCAGCUUAACAAUGAUAUCCUGGCCCAGAGUGCAAACAUGAUUGAAAUUAAAGUGGAUGCGCCAACCAAUGGCGACGUGCCUGAUCCAGAUGCGACUGUUCCUGAUACAGACACAGAGAAGCUAAAUGCUGCCUCUCUGCCCAAAUCCUACCACUCUCCCUGGGAGGAGGCCAUCAUCAAUGAUCCAGGCCUCGCUGAAACUUUCAAACUGGGCAUGCCUGCGAUGGACCCUCCACCAGAACUUCCCGAAUACAAAAGCUUCAACCGGGUGGCAACCCCAUAUGGCGGGUUUGACAAAGCACCGAGAGGAAUCAUAUUCAAACUUCCAGAACUGGAUCUCAACCUUCCUAAGUACCCAGAGCUCCAGGAUCCGGGAAUGAAGAGGCCCACCUUCAACAGAAGCGCCCAAGGAUGGAUAUCUGAGGGCACCCACCUCAUCUUGCCCACAAUCACCCUGGAGUCUAUCCAAAUCCCAGAGUCCGAAGACCUGUAAGGAGGUCUCGGGAUGGCAGUGGUCCAGUGAGUUACAAUGCUGCCAUUUUGGGUUUCGUCCACACAACUGAUGAAGGAAUGUUUCACUCAACUAUCGCUCCGAUGAUUAGUGUGUGUGCUGUACACGUCAUGUAAAUAGAAUGGAUUGGGAUUGUGCUGCAAAUCAUCCCAUAAGAGUUGCCAGUGAUUCUGAACUAAUGUAAAUAAAACAGCUGCAUUGUGGAUGUCACUUAUUCAAAAUCGGAAAAAAUUAAUUAAUUAGUAAUUGAAUGAGUUUCUUAAUGCAUCUAAUCAGAGGUAGGUAGUAACCAGUGUUGUUAAUAACGGCGUUACAAUAUAACGGCGUUACAAACGGCGUUAUUUUUUUCAGUAGUGGGUAAUCCAAUUAAUUACUUUUCUCAUCUUGGCAACGCCGUUACCGUUACUGAGGACGGAAAGGCAUGCGUUACUAUGCGUUACUAUAUUGGUCGAAAAGUCUGAGGGAGACUGACUCACCGAGACAACAGAGCAGAGCAGGAGUGUGGAGGAGGCAAGAAAGUUGUGACGCCGAACAAACGCGAUGCUAGGUAGCUCCAAUAAUAGACCCUACUCACGUGACGUCACAGCCACGCCCCCGCGCCAUGAUGUCCGCAUACUCGCCAUAGAAAUGCAUUAGCGCUUCGUAAAUUCUUCCUAUUAUUGCACGUUUUACUGCUCGUCAACAUUAAUACUCAAAAUGGUGAAGUCGUGUGUGGCGGUCGGUUGCAAAAACAGAGAAGAUAGACGGAGAGACUUGAAUUUUUACCGUAUUCCGAGAGACACGAAGAGGAGGCCGCGAUUGACUGCUGCAAUUCGACGAGACAACUGGGCUCCAAACGACUACCACAGAUUAUGUAGUAGUCAUUUUAUAUCUGUUAAGAUGCAUUUAAUAUAUAUUUAGAGGGUUUCGGGCUGACAACCAUAAUUAAGAUCAUUGCUAGGCUAAUCGCCGACAACAUACACGUAUGUAUGUAGUUAGUGCUAUCGCUAAACCAUAUAAACAUUAAAAGCCCUAGCUCCAUUGACAAAUGACAUGAAAUACAUUAGACUUGACAGUGGAUGUUAGCAAGAACAAAAGAUUUUCAAUUGAAAAUUUCGUAACUCACCUUCCCAGCACAAGAUUCCUGCCGAAUUUUCGUGUACGAGGACGUGUUUCACCUAACCAGCAACGUAGCAUUUAUAAGCCUCCAAGCUCUUAAAGUUUUUCAAACUUUCGUGAGAAUAGGCUGAUUUUGUGUGGGUAUCAGAUGUCAGGCGAAGCCAGCGGGUCGAAAAACAUCGAUUUAGGCAUCAAAUACGGAUCUGGCGAAUGGAUAAACUGAAGCUUUUCCACGUAACGCCUUUUAUGCAACGGAUCCAAUGAGUUUACAGCGUCAGAUAACACCGGGGCUUCCAUGAAUUGCUCUAUAACUUGCUCGACUAAUAGAAAACAAUGAGAAUAGGUCUGAAAAAGAGGUACAAUAUGGCGGCCGGAAACAGCGACACGCCCAUUUUGUGACGUAGGUGAGUAGGGUCUAUACAUGUUGUUGCCGAUAGCCUUCAAACUACGCCCGCAUGUUAUGGUAGAUAUGGUAGACAUGGUAGAUACCACAUGUACUGUAUAUAGAUAUAACUAGAUGCAAAAUGACAGACACUAAAUGCGUUAGUAGACAGCCGCCAUCUUGAAGCAGUAGACUUUUUAGGAUGGCUCUGUUGUAGAGAACCUUCCUAGCAAACCUAACUUUUUAUAUAAAAUACUUCUAAAUCGGCAAAAUCUUGACCUGAAUCUAUCUUUAAAUGAUGAAACAGUUUUAAAACUUUCAUAUGUCGAAAGUAGAGAGAAGGGAACUAAUGCAAUAAUGGGAGCAAUUCUAACAACUUUUAACAGUUGAUUAAGGGUAAAGAGUAAAUUAGGGUAAAGAAUUGGGCUCGGGCCAAUUGUACCAAAAACCUUCACAAAAAACUUCACAUAGUGUGGCCAAUGUUUUUUUUUUUUUUUUUUAUUGAGGGAAAAAAAAAAAAAGUAAUUAUCACCAAUUACUUUGCCAAGUAACUAAUUACUCUUACAUUCAGGUAAUUGAUUUACUAACGCAAUUACUUUUUGGGAGAAGUAAUUUGUAACUAUAAUUAAUUACUUUUUUUCAGUAAGAUUAACAACACUGGUAGUAACACGUUAAAUUUACUCCAUUACAUUUAUUUGAGUAACGUUUUGAGAAAAAUGUACUUCUUAGAGUAGUUUUACCACGCAAUACUUUUAACUUUUACUUGAGUAGACUUGUGAAGAAGACAUUACUCUUAAUCCGCUACUCUGGGCUACACUAGAGCCGUUACAUUUUUCUUCUUUCUACAUUUUUUUAAAACCAAUUUUAGUUUCAAAGAGACGUCGCAACAAUAAACAUGAUUCUAUUAUAACAAUCAGAGGAUUUUUUUUUCACCACUAGAAGGCACUCAUGCUCUUUCGACGGGUGAUUUUUGAUAGUUUUGUUCUGGUCUGAAUUCAAUCAUUUUUGUGUCAUCUUUUUGCUCUAAAAUGGUCAAGUUAGAGGUUAUAGUACAGUAUACUAAUAACAGUUCAUAUAAAUGAAUUGCUAAGAGAAAAAUAUAUAUCACUAAUAUAUAUUUUUUAAAAUCAGACAUUGUAAGCACUUACUCACAAUCUUACUCAUUGAGUAUUCUUUUCAAUGAAUACUUUUUACUUGUACCUGAGUACAUUUUUGGAUGACCACCGUAUUUUUCAGACUAUAAGUCGCACCUGAGUAUAAGUCGCACCAGCCAUAAAAUGUCCAACGAAGAGGAAUAAACAUAUAUAAGUUGCACGGGAGAAUAAGUCGCAUUUUUGGGGGAAAUUUACUUGAUAAAAUCCAACAAAUAGAACACAUAUGUCAUCUUGAAAGGCAAUUUAACAAAAAAAAAAAAAAAAAAACCCAAUAGAGAACAACAUGCUGAAUAAGUGGACAGUAUGAUAAUGUUACAUGAUGCAUUAACAUCGAAAUGCGAAUAUACUGUCCUCACCAGGAUGCUAUGGCUCGGUCCUGGCUAUACAGCGAGCUAAACUACCAAAUGACGAUGCUGGACGUCCGUAUAAUUUGCUGACUUUAUUUUGGACGUCGUUAUGACACCAUCAUUUGAAGAGUGAAUUAAAAAUAGAAAUAAUACAAAUCAAUUUCGUCCUCAAUACCAAACAGGUUCGCAUCAACGUAAAUAAAUGAUAAUGAGCCGCUAUUGCAGCAAUGACACAAACGGUUAGCAUGCUUUCGCUAGCAUUAGCACAUCGUUCAAACAACCACACAACUGGCUCUAAGUGUCCGAUAGUGGGUGGAAAACACACAACAACAACAAAAAAGAUGAUACACACAGGUGUUGCCUCUGUAGAGAUAUUUUACAAGCAUAAACAAUGAACAUCGGUUCGCAGGUCAUAGGUUCUCUCUAUCGCUCUCUCUCGCCCCCUCGCUCAGACGCUGCGUAGCUGUCAGUCUUCUUCUGGCGUGUGAGCGCUCUUCUUCGCGUAAAGCACCACAAACUAAGAGCAUGCAUUUCAAUAUAAAAAAGUCAAUAAUACAAUUGAACUCACAUUGCCAAAGGAAAGAACGCGAACGUGGCCAUAGCUUUUAAGAGUUUUUCAGAUAACUACAGCAUAAAGAACAUGCUAACAAGUUUACCAAACCAUCAGUGUCACUCCAAAACACCAAAAUAACAUGAGAAAUGAUAUCAUAAUGUGGUAAUAAUUUCACACAUAAGUCGAUCCUGAGUAUAAGUCGCACCCCCGGCCAAACUAUGAAAAAAACUGCGACUUAUAGUCCGAAAAAUACGGUACUAUUACUUGAGUAAUAUUAUUUAGAAAUAACUCUACUCUUACUUGAGUAAAGUUUUUGGCUACUCUGCAUCUCAUCAACAGCAGGCAAUUAUGGCUAGGUCUAAACUUAAGGUCCAAGUGAUAUUUGACUAAAUGCGGGCACGCAAUUUAGUAAAUAUAUACAUAUAAGUCAACAUUAAGGAUGAAGUUAGAUGUUUAUUUAAUGCCACUUCAUAUAUAGCAUAAGGUCCAUGUUCAAGUUCAUGUUCACUUUUUUUCUUCACUAGUAAGACUAAAUGCACUAUUAGAGCUACUGUCUUUCUUAGUAGUCGUUCAAGAAACACUUUGGUUGACUCAAAUACACCUUGCUAGUACACGGUUUUACUGCAUUAGUGUGAGUCAACUUGAAGGCAUGUGGCACACACGAGUAGCCUUCUUGAUAUUAGUAGUUGGGGAAAGACCCAUAUAAUAGUUUUUGCUCACUAUACAUGUAGUUGCCCUAACAGUAUGCCAAAAAUGCCCUAAAUUGCCAAAACAUCAUUCUGCAACAUUGUACAAAUUUAAAAAAAAAAACUGUGAUGAAGCCAUUUACAUACGCUCUAAUCCUAAAUUGUCUUACAAAUUAAGAGAAGGCAAAUACUAUUAAACUGGAUAUCAAAUUGAUGCUAUAGCACUGAAGUAAUGGCAAAACUAAAAGUGAAAAUACCUUUUCUUUAUCCACAACUUUAUUUGGAUUGUCACUAAAUAUUAAUAGACCUGCACAAAGAUAAGUACUGUUUUGCAUGUUCAUGCUAAAAAAGCACUCGAUUUUUAAAAAGAAUAUUAAACGACAUAAUAGUAAUGAAGCUCAAUUUGCGCAAGCAGUGAUGUUGGGAUUCUAAUUCUGGUGAUACAAAAAGAAACAAUAUAGAGAAGCGCGCCGUCAGUGUGUGCGUCAUUUUUCUUUAUAGCGCAGAGUCGGGCAGAUGGAGGGACAUUACAAAGUUGGCGCGGGCUCGUCACAAGAGAGGACGUCCCCGACUGGCUGAGCGGCAAUUAAACUAAUAAGAGCACAGGAAGAAGACCUCACAUGUGUCUGUGGGGACGGCUGAUGAGAGACAAUGCUAUAAACAGACAUACACGCUCCACUUUACUUUACCAUAGAUUUACUGUACAUUAUUCUUAACUCUCAAUGGACAUUUCCUCAGAUAAACCAAAUCCAAUGAUUGAAUACAAGAGUUUAUAAUAAAUUCCACUUUUACACAGACACGUUCUGGACAGAAUCCCACAGAGGCCUGUAUGAGUGCCAACAGAUACUUUGCUUGAAUAAAACCAGACGGCUGAUAUGUGCAGUGCUGAUGGGAAUACUUGGGAUCCAAAAUAAACAAGCAACCAGAACCCCUCAUAGAACUUCACAAUGUGGAAAUGACAAAAAAAAAAAAAAAAAAGAAAAUACAGAAGAAAAAUCAUGCAGCCAUCCAUUUUUUGUGGCACUUCUCAUUCGGACUGAGGGUGAGAUUGAGCCUAUACUGUAUAAUCUGAUUUUGGGCAACCUGGACUGUUCACCGGCAAAUCACAGUGCACAUUAAGAUUAAUAAUCAUUCACACUCAACAUAAUCUUUAAUCUACUUAAAUUAUAAUUAACACUAUUGAAUGAGAACAAAAACAGAUAAUUUCAAACAACAGGCAACUCUAAAUUACAAGGUCAGCUGAGAAGAGCUGAGAUUCAAACUCUUAAAACUGUGAGGCAGAUGUGUCAACCAUUUGGGCACUAUGUUGCCAAUACAAUUGUGUUUGUGUACACAUUGAAUCCACACAAAUAAAACGGGUUGUGUUUGACCACAGCUGUUUUCCAGAGGAGUGAUGCAAUAUCACGCAUGUUUUAUUGUUGAAAGUUUUUGCUGACCUGGGCUUGGAUGCCCGUAAGGGCCUUCCAUCUGGCCGUGUUAUUCCACUUUGGGUGCUAACUUGUUCCAAAUUCUUUGUUCACAAAAAAUAAGGGCUAUUGUAUGAAAUACGUACUAUAAUACAACGAUACCAUUUACAAUCACCAAUUGGCAUAUUUUUACCGUUCACUGAAAAACCCACUUAUUUCUGUUUUUUGUGCUUUCUGAAGAUGCUUUUAUAAGCCUUUUCAAAAUACAGAUCGGUGUCAAGGAAGCACGUUAAAGUGAUACACCUCGACAGAAAGACGAGCAGUACUUGAGGGAGGAGCUAAAUUUUCUACAAGUGGUUAGAAAGAAGUUGAUGAAGCAACUAGGACCACCAGGACAAGGCAUGAGUGGCUGGGAGGAAGCUGAUUGCUUCAUAGAAUACACAGAAAAUGUUUGCAAUAUAUGGUGAGGAUAGCGUGGUGCAAUACUUUCGUAUUGGAGUGCUGGCGAUGUCUUCGGGUAAUGACGUCAUCAGGCGCGUCCCUCGUUGCUAAGGUGCUGCUAUGGCAGUAACUCAAAAACUACACGGUCAAUUCAAAAAAUGUUUUGGGAAUGGGAGUUUUGAGACAGCGAAUAAUGCAUUCAAUACAAUUAAACUGAGCAAAACACUCAUGAAUUAAAGCCUUCACCUGCACUUUAAACCGGACUGAGACUCAUGAUUUUUGAGCGGACGACUGUUCGUUUGUUUGGUCCGAAGUAGAAUUCGGAUGCGCAUUCACAUUUACAAAACGAAGCAGACUAUCUGAGAAAAAGAAUUCUGGUCUGUUUAAAAAGGACCAAACAGUGCUAGUGUGAAAGUGCCCUAACAGUUAAAGUAGAAGUGGCAUAGAUUGAAGCCUAUUUUUAAAAAAAAAUUGCCAAAACGCUGCUUGUCGUUAAAUGACUUCAUUUGAAUUUGCUGCAACUAUUAAGCACAAACUAAUUUUGUCAGUUAUGGUUUCCCUUGAAAGGGCCAUCAUGACUGUGAAUGCCUCAAAUGAAUAAAUGCACAAAUUACAUAUA